AUGUGUAAUGCAUAUUAAAUUCCAUAGAUCUUAAUCUUUCUAUUUUAGGCUCACAUUCAUCUCUAUUAAUAUUUUCUAUUUUUGUGGUUUAAUAUUUAAUAUCUCAUAGAUAUUAAUACUUAAAUUGACAUUUAUUCAAAUGAUUUACCUUAAGAAAUCUUAUAAUUAAAAUAAUCAUACAUAAGGAAGAUUAAGCUUUAAAAAUUGAUGGAGUUUAAGAAUGAAGUUAUUUAGAAGGUAAGAUGUGAUUCAAAAAUAAAAUAAUAGAAAAUUAAAGAAGAUAUAGAAAGAUUAGUCAAUCAAGAAAUUUAAAAACUGUUUAAUUUAGUGGAUUAAUAUUAAUAAGAAAAUUAAAUAAAUAUAAACUUUAAUGCAUAUUUUGUGAAGUUAAUUUUGAUUAUCGAUGAUUAAUUCAAAUUUAUAAAAUGCAAGUAUUUUUUAAUUGUUUAAUUUGAAUUUGAAGAAAUUCCUCAAGAAAACCUUAUAGGUACUUAAAGACAUUUUUUUGGUAGAAGUAAGGUUAUGAGAUAAUUUUGA